GUUUAAUAUAGAUACUAUUAUUACGCGAUGCUUCAGCUGAACAGACAAACGUGAAUAAGAUCUGAAGGAUUGUGUUUAGCCAGCAUGCUAGUUCACACAAAGCUAAGGAACAACGGUUAGUCAGCUAUUUUCUAACACAGUACACACUAAACUCAAGCACGGGUCAAGAUGCCAUGGCCAUUUUCUGAAUCUAUUAAGAAGCGGGCAUGCAGGUACCUGCUGCACCGUUAUCUUGGCAAUUUCCUCCAAGAGAAGCUAAGUUUGGACCAGCUUAGUCUGGAUCUCUAUCAGGGCACAGGCUCGCUGGCUCAAGUGCCACUUGACAAAUGGUCCCUGAAUGAGAUCUUGGAGUCUGUGGAUGCUCCAUUUGAAGUAAGUGAAGGCUUUAUUAAGACCAUUUCCCUCACUGUGCCAUGGGCCUCACUGCUUCAGGACAACUGUGCGCUGGAAGUGAGGGGUUUAGAGAUGGUGCUCAGGCCAAGACCUCGAAUGACAUCCGGGAUGGAGCCUAUGUACUGGUCCAGCUUUAUGGCCAGCAGCAUGCAGCUGGCCAAAGAGUGUCUAAGCCAAAGACUCACUGAUGAUCAGGGAGAGAGCUUCCAACCUCUGGAUGGUCUGGAGAAGUUUGCAGAGACUAUUGACACAGUGUUGAGAAGAGUCAAGAUCACUUUCGUGGAUACUGUUCUACGGAUGGAGCACGUUCCCGAGAACUCUAAAACUGGCAUUGCCCUCGAACUCAGAAUUAAUAAGAUGAUUUACUGUGAUGAGAGUAUGGAGGACUCCAGUGUCAAUAUCCAUCAGCCCACCACAUUUGCACAUAAAAAUCUAACACUGGAUGGUGCCUCUGUGUUCUGGGAUGAGUUUUCAGAAUCAGCACGCGCCGGCCUCAAAUCACCUCCUCCUCAAACAGAAACUGAACCUAAGCUUUCACCGAGUUGGAACCCAAGAAUCAUCUGUGAGCCUCAUCCCCAGUUCCCAGAACCUGUUUCAUCCAGUAUGCCAUUUGAGCCGGUGCAGGUAGGCUGCCUUAGUGGUCGGCUGGAGCUGUCCGUGGUUCUGAAGCAAAAUGAAGCCAUCCCAGGAGCAAAGUUGGACAUCGAUGGACAGUUUGAAUCUCUAAUCAUGUUACUGUCACCACGUCAAGUUCACCUUUUACUGGACAUGUUUGGUGUCUUCUCCAGCUCAGCAGGGCAGGAGUGGUCUGCUUUAGGAAAAGAUAGGAAGAAUCGCCCUAUGCAGCAAGAGGAUGAAUAUCGCCUUCAAAUGGAGCUCAACCGCUGCCUGAAGAAGGACAUCAUUUCAGGAGUCACAGACCAGGACCUGUUUGAGAGUCAGACUACCAGAACAGUGUCCAGCAGGGAGGAUGUCUUUUUCUCUAUGGCUGAUAUGGACAUGUCACACAGCCUGUCAUCUCUUCCACCUCUUGGAGAUCCACCCACCGUGGAUCUGGAUUUGUCUUUAAAUAGCAACUACUCCACUUCCCUGGGGGAGUCGCCGACUGGAAAUGUAUCAACUGUGUGGGAUGAGUGCAUAGAUGUUUCUAAACAAAAGGAGAAACAGACUAAUGAGAUGCCACAGCAUUCCAGAGAUUCUCAGUUCCCCCAAAAGCUACUUCGGCAGACAUCUCAUCCAUCUAAGGGCCACUGUGAUGAAUCCAGGCCUGAGCUGGUUCUCAGGCUGUCAUUGGGGAGCGUCUGUCUGUCAGUCCUACAUAUUGACCCUCUCCCACCACCAGAUUCCUCCCUCAACCCUCUUGCACCAAUGGCCUCAGAGUUUUUCCGUAUACUGUCUUUAAAUCAACUCACUGUAGGGGGUUUUAUCCAAUCACGAACUGUCUUUGAUCAAGCCUGUCCACAUGAUCAUCUCAGGUUCAUAGGUCAGAAAUUAAAAGUGACUUAUGAGCACUGCCAAAGCUCCAGUGUACGGACACUAAACACUGAUCUUUCCCUGAGCCAGCUGGAGCUUCUGGAGUGCCUGUAUUCUGCUGACAGCCGCACUACACAGAGUGGAGCACAGUACACAGAGCUUCUUACUUUUGACGUCCCAACCAGUAGUAGUGAAUCUCCCCAUCCCACUUGCCUCCACCUACUCUACAAACUAACAGAACGCAGAGGCCCGCAGGGCGGGCAGGUACGUCUAAGUGCCAUACCUCGUAAGGCAGAGUUGCAGGUUGAGCUGGGUAAAGUUCGCUCUGAGUGUGAUGUCAGUAUCGUGGACAGGCUCAACUCUCUGCUCCAGCCCCAGAAACUGGUUACAACAGAGAUGAUGGCGUCUCACAUGUACACAUCCUACAAUAAACACGUCAGUCUGCACAAGGCAUUCGCAGAAGUCUUCCUGGACGAUAGUCGUAACCCAGCGCAGUGUCAUGUGUCUGUGACGAUAAACGCCCCCCUGCUGGCGCUGGUGGUGCGCUUUCCCAUCCCAGAUCUACGCUCGGAUCAGGAGAGGGGCCCCUGGUUUAAGAAAUCCCUGCAGAAAGAGCUUUUGUGUCUGGAGCUAGAAGACGUAGAGUUCAAGACAGAGUUCACUGGAGGAAACUCAUCAGAACAGACCAAGAUGGAGCUCAUGUUCAAAGAGCUCAGUGGGUCGUUCCAAAAAGACAAAGAUCACCCUGCAACCAGAUUCUUACGAGUAGCUAACACCAUGGAGGAGGACAUGACGUCCUCUGACUGUGGCAAAUUCGACUGGCCCAGAGUUGUUCUGAAGGUGAACCCCAAGGCCGUGCACUCCAUCCUUGAGCGUGUAACAACCGAAGAAGAGGAGGAAGGGGUGGAUGGUCAUUCACAGGAGGAAGAAGAGGAGGAGGAAGGAGCCGCCCACUCCUUAAAGGACGUGUGUGAUUUUGGCAAAGCUGAGCCCUCCCCUUUCUCAUCACGGCGUGUCAUGUAUGAGAACGAAGAGAUGGUAAUCCCAGGAGAUGUGUUAGAAAUGACGGAAUUCCAGGAAAAAACCAUGAGCAACUCUCGCUACAUCCUGGAGCUGUUUCUUCCCAAUGUUCAGCUCGCUUUGCCCAAUAAAGCCUUUUAUGAGAAAUUACACAACAGGAUUAACAAUGACCUGCUGCUAUGGGAGCCCACAGCCCCAUCACCAGUGGAGACAGUGGAGAACAUCCCAUAUGGUGUUGGUCUGUCUGUAGCCAGUCAACUCAUCAACACCUACAAUAAAGACAGCUUCAGUCAGUUCAGAUCUACCUGCCCUGAGGAGGAAGACAGUGGUUCUGAAGAAGAAGCCCUGCAGUACUACACUCCUGCUGAGCUUGGCUACAGGAGCAGGAGGAAGAAGAGGAGUAAGAUUCAGCCCAAAAACUCACAGAGCCUCUUCUCCAUUGUCUUGUCUGUAAACCACGGCCUGCUGUCUCUACACACACAGAUCAAGCAGGAGGAUAAUAGUGUGUUGCCAAACAAACAUGGAGAGUUUUGGUUAGAAGUGAAAAACGGGACUCUGUUUGGCGUGACACAGCAUGAGGGCUACAAAGACCAACAUUACAUCUGCUUUCACACAUCGCAGGCUUGCCUUUAUCACCACGGCUCAGUGGAUGGAGAUGCCCCUGACUGGAGUGUUACUCUGCCCUGCAGGACACGUCCUCAUUGGCUGGAGCCCGUGAUGUAUGCGUCUGAAUCGGCGCCUGAGAGGGCGUCUCCUUCUGAGGGACUCAGUUUGGAGCCUCACAGCAUGCUGUCUGUCGCUGUUAAAAUCUCCUCGCACAACACUGAGCGCAAUGUCAAGGAGUUCCUUAUAGCCGUUGGCAUGAGGGGGGUCACACUUCAGCACAGAGUGGUGCCUUCAAGUCUGGGAUGGUACGAUCAGAUAGUUGACUUUUUAAAUGUGUCAGACGAGCCGGUGCUUGGCUACAACCCCCAAACUUCUGCAUCUACCCUUCACCUACACCUUUGGAGCUGUUCUCUCGAUUACAGACCCUUAUACUUACCUAUGAGAUCUCUGUUGACUGUGGAGACCUUUAGCAUCUCCAGCAGCGUAUCCUUAGAUCACUCUUCCUCUAACCUCAGAAUCAUUUUAGAUGAGGCAGCGCUAUUUUUGUCUGACAAAAUCAAUGCUGUGUCUGUCAAUCUGGCUCGAGAUUAUGUACAGGUGGUUGAUAUGGGCACUCUGGAAUUGAGGAUCACAGCAGUGAAACCAGGAACAGAUGGCAAAAUGACGGAGCCAAGGUUUGAGCUGCGUUGCUCAAGUGAUGUUAUUCACAUUCGCACCUGUUCUGACUCUUGCGCCGCUCUUAUGAACCUUAUUCAGUACAUAGCCAGUUAUGGGGAUCUUCUGCCCCCUUCUGGACUGGAGAGCAAAAGCAGAAGCACUAAGCAGAGAGUGAAGACUGAAGCGGGAAGCCGCCCUCCGCCUCAGACUCCUUUGCUUCCUGAGGCAGAGCAGCAGAUUCUUCAGGAUCUGAUGAGCGAUGCUAUGGAGGAGACAGACGGCCUGCAGUCUCACACGCUUCAGCAAAACGGUGUCAAUGAAAAUCACUCCCAUGAUCAAGACCCACCCCGCUCAGAUCUCUUCCUUUUUCCUGACGAGAGCGGAAACCUGGGGCAGGAGCCGAGCCCAAUAUACCCCACCCUGCACUCCCCACUCAUCUCUCCUCCCGUUCCCUCCCUGCAACACGAUUCUGAUGACUUUUGCAUUCUGGACACACCCAGCUCCAAACUAAUGGAAAGGGACGAGGAGCCUGUGGUAAAGAAGUUGACCUCAGAACCCAUACUAUUAAAGGAGAACUACUUCAAUGCGCCUAUAGAGGGCAGCAGCUCUAAUAGGGGCCCACUUCACUUCCCCAUCCCUGAAGUCAGAUAUCUUGUCAAGGAGAUCUCAGUGGUUUGGCAUCUCUACGGAGGAAAGGAUUUUGGAGGCGGGGCACUCUCCUCUUCGCCAGCUCGCAGUCGAGGGUGCACUCCACACAGUUCUCCAUCACAGACUCCUGUAAGACAGGCCAGAAGAAGCUCCCGUGUUGGAGGAGGAUGGAGCAGAAAUGCUGAUGUUCUCAUGGAGAUUCAGCUCAGUAAGGUGCGGUUCCAGCAUGAGGUGUAUUCACAGAUGGCACCAGAGGCAGGUGUUUCAGCAGAGAAGCCUGUGUCCAGACAGGUGUUCUCUGUGCAAGACCUUGAGAUACGAGAUAGGCUGGCCUCCUCCAUGAUGAACAAGUUCCUCUACCUGUACUCCAGUAAGGAGAUGCCCAGGAAGGCUCACUCCAACAUGUUGACCAUCAGAGCCCUGCAUCUGUGUCCAGAGGUGGGCCAAGCACCUCAGGAAUGCUGCCUACGUGUAUCUCUAAUGCCCCUUCGUCUGAACAUCGACCAGGAUGCUCUGUUCUUGAAGAACUUCUUCACUAGUCUGUCAACAGAAGUUGAACUGUUUUCUCCACCAGAGCAAGAAGUGUUCUACAUGUCAAUGAAGAAGCCCCCCGGCCCUGACGUCUCCUGUAGUUUUUCCAAAUACAAUGGUGGGACGAGUCAGGACCCCGCUCCCAUCAUCUCUGUGCCAACGCAAGCACGUAGCAGUCCAAGUUUCAUCAGCACCUGCAGCCAAGGAGGUGCUGCUGAGACAGACACAACUGCUUCCUCAUCUUUCACAGACCAACCUAUUUUCUUCAGAGAGUUCCUAUUCACGUCAGAGGUGCCGAUCAGAUUAGACUACCAUGGAAAACACAUGGCAAUGGAGCAGGGCACAUUUGCUGGUAUUGUAAUUGGACUGACACAACUAAACUGCUCAGAACUCAAAUUACGGCGCUUGUGUUACAGACAAGGAUUGUUGGGUGUUGACAAGCUGUUUUCUUAUGCCAUUAACGAGUGGCUAAAUGACAUAAAGAAGAACCAGCUGCCGGGGAUCCUUGGAGGGGUGGGACCCAUACAUUCCCUGGUGCAGCUAGUUCAGGGUUUUAAGGAUCUAGUGUGGCUGCCCAUUGAGCAGUACCGGAAGGAUGGGAGAAUAGUACGCGGCUUCCAGCGAGGCACCGCCUCUUUCGGCACCUCCACUGCAAUGGCGGCAUUGGAACUAACCAAUCGCAUGGUUCGAACAAUACAGGCGGCUGCUGAAACAGCUUAUGACAUGGUCUCUCCAGUUCCAGAUGAGAAUGAAUGUAAAAAGAUUAAACGGUACUCACAUUACUGCCUGGCACAUCAACCAGUGGACCUCAGAGAGGGAGUAGCCAAAGCAUACAGUGUAGUGAAAGAGGGCAUUACAGACACAGCGUUGACUAUUUAUGACACUGCUACACGCGAGCAUGAACAAAGGGGCAUGACGGGCGCUGUGGGCGGAGUCCUGCGUCAGCUUCCUCCUGCAGUCGUUAAACCUCUUAUCGUUGCCACAGAAGCAACUUCCAACGUGCUGGGAGGCAUGAGGAACCAGAUUCACCCCGACGCACGACAGGAAGAGUCCCAGAAGUGGCGCUUGGGGGAAGAAUGAGCUGGGCUCUCGCAAAUUUGCCCCCGCAUAUCUUAAAUGAUAUUCAAGCUGACGUAUCGGCCCAUAGUACACGUGCUGACUUUGAAUAGUGUGUUUAAUGCCUGUAAAGGUGAUAUGUGGCCACUUUCAGUUUUCUGCUUAUGCUUUUGUAUAAAGCGCUCAUGAUGUUUUGGAGGCAGACGAUCACAGGCUGUGGUAGAAAAAGUUUGACCUCCAAAUGAAGCAUUAGAGGAGACUAAAGUUUAUUUCAUGCUUUUUUUUUAACACCGCUUUAUGAUAUCUACAGUAACUGGAGAGAUUGAAUCACAUAACUGGAGAUGCACAGCUCUAAUGAAUUUGUUUUUUCAUCCCACCAGUUAACAUUCUAGUAGUGUCUUUAUAUUACAGUUAAUGGGUAAAUAAAUACUGUACAGAACACACCGCUGGGUUAAAAAUGACCCAAUGUUGGGUUGUUGUUAUGCAACCAUGAGGAAUAAUAACCCAGCAGUUGGGUUAAAACAACCCAGCAUUGGGUCAAUUUGAACCCAGCGUUGUGUUCUGUCCGAUAUUUACCCAUUAUGUGUCAAAAAUAAGUGCUUGUUCACUUCUAAAGAAAUGCUGGUGACCAUUGUUGUGUAAUGUUAAGCUGUGAAUCUCUCAAAGUGUCCUGAUUAUGUUUUUUUUUUCAUUUUUUGAUUUUGCCGAAGAAAUUAUAUUUUGCAUAAAGAUAAAGAAAAUAAGGCCUGCUUUGUUUCCAUUUCAAAUGUUUACAUUGUAAAAUUUAUUUGGAUACCUCUCACCUCAAAAAUUGGUUAGCCCACCCUAAAUUAUUAUUAAAAAGUAAAAAAAAAUAUUCACAUUACAGUGGGCUACUGAGAGUUGCCAAAUAUGCACUUAUUGAUUUUAAAAAUAUCCAUGCAAGAAAGGCUGUCAAAAAACAAGCUUAGUUGUUUAUGCUAAAUGUCAAAUUUUCAUGAAUUAAUUUAACCCUGGGUUGUAAAAUCACAUGAACAUUCAGUUCUGUGGAAUCUACACAUAAAGGCUUAACAUGUCAAAUAUAUAACUAGAGUUAUGGCUAACAUACUUCUUCAAAUUCGAAACAGCACUAAUAAAUUUGUCUGGCGUUCAAGUAACACAAUAUUGUGUAGCUUUUCUCUUUCCAGUUGUCGUGUUAGAAACUAGUCCUCAAACGUGGAGUGUGUGGUUUUUAUUACCACUUGCACUUUAUAUUUCAGUGAUUCUAGAAAAUGAUGCUCUUUAUCCCUAAUCUAUCUUUGUCAGUUUUGUUAAGCUGCUCAGGCGACAUUCCUAAGCAGCUGCAUUACAGGAGUCUAUACUGCACAUCUAUCUUAAGAUAAGGACACAAAACAUGUAUGUAGUUUUCCGCAUUGUUAAAAUAUUCAAAUAAACAAGCAUUUUUUUGUUUUUCUUUCUGUUUUGACAAAACAGUCUGUUCCUUCUGGGAAGCAUUUGGUCAAUUUAAUAUUUGGAUGAACUAAAAAAUGAUAUUAAAAUCUCAAUUUCUCAUUUAAAUGGCACCUCUAAUAUUUAUUGUACGUUUUAUUUGAAAUGGUGAUGAUAACAGUUCUUGUACAUAGAUGUAUAGGUAAUUUUCCCAAUUUAUACAAAAGCAUGUAUGAUCAAUAAAAGGGAAAUAAAUUAUUUAACGUCCACCACUUGACUCUUUGUGCUGUAUGCUAUUGAUUUCAGUGAGCAUUAAAUGGAUUGAAAUAAAAACCAAAACUAAUAAUGCA